AUGUUGCCUUUCUCCAUACAUCAUCAAUAUCACAAACGAUUGGCAAGAUAUUCCAAAAUUUACUUCAUCAAUCAGGUACAAGGCGAAAGACGUGGACGGAAAAAGACAAUUUCCGACUCUUCGGAGUCAGAAACUGGUUAUGGAAUCCCGAGGAGUGCUACCAAUCGCACUGAGUGGGGCUUGUUGGCUUCCUCAGAUCAUGAGGUGUUCGGCUCAAAGGCGGACCUGCAGCUUCACACGCAGAUACAUCUCCGAGAGGCAAAGCCUUACCGCUGCACCCAGUGCCCUAAAGCUUUCGCUAACUCCUCGUAUCUUGCGCAGCAUUCGCGUAUCCAUCUGGGUAUCAAACCAUACAGAUGCGAAAUAUGUCAACGUAAAUUUACUCAGCUCUCUCACCUACAACAACAUAUUCGCACCCACACUGGCGAUAAGCCCUACAGGUGCACUCAAAUUGGAUGCACCAAAGCGUUUUCUCAGCUCUCCAAUUUACAAAGCCACAGCCGUUGCCACCAAACAGAUAAGCCUUUCAAAUGUAACUCAUGUUACAAGUGCUUCACCCAUGAAAAGGACCUCCUCGAGCACAUUCCUAAGCACAAAGAGUCUAAACAUCUCAAGACACAUAUUUGCCAGUAUUGCGGAAAGAGUUACACGCAAGAAACUUACUUAAGUAAGCACAUGAACAAACAUGCCGAAAGGGCUGAUAAGCGGCCACCUAUAUCUGCUUUGGGUCUGAGCGGGCUCAAUAGAUCCCUAGCAGCGGCUGCACCGACAGCGGCUCCAUUCGCUGAUCAUCCAUACUGGCCGAAAGUAAGCCCGGAUUCAGCGGCGCACAUGUCUGAUGAAGGUGGUUAUCAUCAACAAAGAGAAGCCGAGGAGCACCAUGAGCAUCAGCUGCAGCAGCAGAGGGCCUUGUUCGCUCAACACGAGAGCCAAGACGAUCGUAUUCAACCUCCUGUCUCUGCAGCUAAUUCCGCGUUUACCCCGAUUAACUCUAUGGCCCCGCAUUUGAAUGGAUUGUCUCAUCAUAGCGCUUUGCAGACACGACCUUACUUAUACGACCCCCUCCAUUUCCAGCAGGGCAAACAACAGCCCAAUUCAUUCCCUAACCAAUUGAUAUCUCUACACCAGAUCAGAAAUUACGCACAUCAACCUUCUCUCUUGCCAGCGGAACACAUUCUUCCUCACGCCCUCUCUCACAAAGAUAAACAGUAG